UGGGAUUUGGUGAAAGUGAAACUAUAUACAUGUGUAUAAUUGGGAGAGGGACAGAGAGAUGCACGUGGGAUUGCAUGCUCAUACCUCUUUUUUCCUUCUAUCAAAACUGAAAUAGAAAUAAUCAAACCAAAAGGACUCUCCACAUUCCGAUCACUGCUGUCUCUCUCUCUCUCUCUCUCUCUCUCUCUGUGUCUAUGGGUAUAGGAUAUCUAGGGUCGUGUUCUUCUUCAUCUUCAUCUUCUUCUUCUUCUUCUUCUUCUUCUUAUCUAAUGGGGUUUUUCAUUUUUCUUUGUUGCUUCUUCUCUGAGUUGCACCCAAACUAGUUCAAACUGGGCUUCCUCCGUUCAUGGUUUUUGAUGACUUCUGUGUAUUUUUUUUUACUGACGCUGCUAAUAGUCAGUGUACUUCAUCUAUACAUUGAUGCCACUGAUCAACUCAUCCACUUCCACCUCUGAAAACCACCUUUCUGUAAUGGGUUUUGCCGCACAACUCUUGCACUGGGAUGCCCACCUUGGAUUUCUGCUUCAUGGGUGUUAGGUUUCUCCUCAAGAUUUUCAUCUAUUUUGAAGUGGGCUCUGGGUGUUCUCCAAUGGUGGAGCUUCAGUCUUGUGCUACCCUGGUCAAUGCUUCUGCCUUAUGUGCCAUAGAGCAAGAAGUGCAAGGAGAUGGUGUCAAUGCUAUUGCAGAGAUUUCAGCAGAGUUGCAAAGGGAAAGGCAGAAGAAUGCGGAGCUCAUGGAGAGAAUAUCAAUGCUUGAGGCUCAAAUACAGGAGAGAGAUGGACAUGGUGAUUUUUCCAAUGCGAUGGAAAGAAGCUUCAAGAAGUUCAAGAGGCAACGGAUAGAACCGGGUAGUGAUACUACUGACGAGGGAAAAAUCAUCAAAAGUAUUGAAAUGGCCUAUCAGAUGAACAAUGACACUGAAUGCAUGCCCUUAAAAUAUACAAAUCCAGAAGAUCGUGUAGUCAACUGGAUGAGCAUGGAUGAGACCCAGUUUCUGAAUUUUGAAAAAUCCAAAGAUGGUGACUCUGCUGCUGAUUGUGAUGAUACAGAUGAUAGUGAGGAUGAAGAUGAUUACUAUGAAGAGGAUGAUAUUGACAUUGACAUUGACCAUAAGUAUGGGGAAUAUGACAACACUUCUAAAGCAUCUAAUCAACCGAAAAAACAUCUUCAUGAAAGAGGUAUUGAUGAAGGCAUACACAUAUCAUGCUUGGGAAGUUCCUAUGGUAGUCAAGGGGAACUAACAUUUGGAGGUGCAAGCCAAGAAACAAAUGAAGAUAGAAAGAAAGGUUAUUUACUACCUGACAACAAACACAUCAGCAACAGAAGGGAGCAGAGAAAAAGUGAUAGGAAAGAAACCAAAAAAGUUGGAGGAUGCAACACAUCAUCAAAAGCUUUUACAUUUGAGCAGGAGGUUUUCCAUAAAGUAUCUGGAAGCAUACCAUUGCAUAAAAAAACCCCAAAGAUGGCUUUCUGUCCAAAAGAGGUCAAGAGGAUAAUCGAGUCAGAAGCCCUUAUGUUGAAAAAUGCUCAGUCCCACACCAUAAGAAAAAUUAUAGUUUUUGCAUCUCUUGGUAUAAGACAUGGGUGUGAAGAUAUGUAUGAAUUAGACUUCAACCAUUUCAUCAUUCUAAGGAAGGGAGAGCCGUAUGUUUCUCCAAAGAAUCCAGGGGAGCAUGUCUUGUAUGAUAAUCCUGGUGUAAGGAGGAAGGUCUUCUAUCCAAAUCAACAGAACCCAAUAUUAUGUCCUGUUAAAAUACUUGAAGAGGAGAAGGCGAUGCGUCCAUCUGAUGCUAGCUGCCCAUCCUGCCUGUUUCUGUGCAUCAAGUAUGGUGGAAGGACAAGAAACCUUCCUCAAAAUGAGUAUGUCAGGCAGAGGAUGGGAAGAAACAAGCUGAAGUCAUUUGGGCCAGUUAUGUGUCAAAUGGCGAUGCUUGUUCACAUUCGCAGUGGAAGCUUCUUCUUCAAGGCCUUGGGUAUCACACUUCUUUUCAUGGCUGGUUUUCCAGAUGACUUGGUUCAAAGGGAAACCAAAUACCGGAACUUGGACCUGCUUCAAAAAUAUUACAGGACAGAUGAGGACGCAGAAGGAGAGGAGUUAUUUCUUUCACAUCCAGUGACUUGUGAUACUGUGAGUCCUGAUUCUCAGCAGUCAACUGGUAAGGUGAUUCCAGCAAAAUCAAAGGGCAAGAAACAAACAAAUUCAACUAGUAAGCCCCACAGUUUGCAGAAGCCCUCAAUUCUGCAACCUGCUCCUUCAACCUCAGCACCAGUGACACAAUUUGGGCUAAUGGGGUAUACCUCUAUUCAUACUCAGGCAAUUGCAUCAUUCCAGUCUAUGACAUCCCACGCUCCUGCAGAUGCCCUGCAGAUAUCAAAUCCCGUGGUUUCCAGUUCCGGUCCUGAUGUCUCAUUCCAUAAUCAAACACCGUAUCCAAUGUUUCCACCACAACCAGCAAAUGCUUUCAUGCCUAUGAUGUACUGGCCUCCCCCUAAUACCUUCCCUCCUUGCCCUUACCCAACUUCAUAUGGCUAUCAAUCGUUUCCUUCUACUGGGAACUACAUGUCCGUUCAUCCACAGCCUUAUUACAGCCAACCCUCCUGCAAUCCUUUCAUCCCAAAAAUGGUUGAAGACACUAGGAAGAAUGAUGUGGCCUCAGAGGAAGCAGAUAGUGACUCUGAUAGCAGUUCAAGUACUGAACCAAAACAGACCUUAGCAAGCUGCAAGUAAUGAACUGCCUGCUGUAUAGAGAUUCCAUGCAAGCAGAUGGUGAGAGACUAUGCAUUUGGGCCUCUUUUUACAUAUUGGGUGUGUGAGUCAUCAGCCUUCAUCUAUGAACUUCUGCACAUCAGUUCAUAGUGGAGAUAUGGUCCUCCAAGCUUUUGAGUAGUUUUUUCAUUGCUUCUGUAGAGCAUAUUUACAUGAAAACACUCUCAUCUUGUGAAAUAUUAAAUGAUCAUGUUCUUUUAUCCAUUGUUUACUAAAUCAAUAAAUAAAAUAAAAUAAAAACAGUCUUGGGCAUAUAAGAUCAUGCUUCAACUGAUCAAAAGUUUGGUCCCUAUGGCCACAAAAUCAGGCUCACGGAUUGAAAUUCUGCAACAAUUCUGUUUCUGCCAUCCUACACUCAGGCAGUGUCCAUCUACCACUACCAUUCAAGCAAUGAUGCUCAAGCAAUAUCUUCCCAUCAUUUCCAUCCAAGCCGCCCACCUCUGCUCUACACUCCAUCUGUUCCUCUAUACUAUUAUGAAUUCUAUCUCUGGUCCACAUCUCUGUCCCCUACAGUCCAUCUCUUUGCCUACUAUAUCGUCCACAAAGGGAAGUGCCACCAUAUCUCUCACUUUCUGGCCCACACGUCUAUUCUACACUUCAUUAGAUGUUACCCUCUUACCUACCAAAACAAAUAUAUUAGUGGCAUAUAUGCAUUGGAGCCUUACUAGCUUGCACAGGGGAAUCUAAUCCUUUCUAUUUUUUUGUAUUAGGGAUUCUGCUGUUUCUGUGGGAUCAUUUGAUAUAAUAUAUAUAUAUAUAUAUAUAUGUCAUUAUUCUUUUUGGCGCCUUCAGCACCAUGUCAUGGAAAGAGGUAGAGGGGAUAAUAUGCAUGAAUCAUCAAAGACUAUUACCAUAACGCCAUUGUAACCCAUGCAUCAUACACCAUCACCACCAUCCUCAUACAUACAUGCAUCCCAACCUUCACCAUACCCAGUAACUAAAUACCAACCUCACAAAAAGAAAAAAAGGAGAAAGCUAGAUAAAAAGUAAAAACAGUGCAUUUAACCAACAUGGUCACUACCAUCUUCAUACCUCUCACAAGAACUAGCCACCACCCAGCAAAAGCAAACCCAACCCCA